UGUUAACCGCUGGAAAAAGCGGGGAAUAGCCAUAAUACCAACCAAGUUUGGUAUUGCAUUCACUGCUUUGUUUUUGAAUCAGGCUGGUGCCCUGGUUCACGUGUACACAGAUGGGUCAGUCUUGGUUACUCAUGGAGGAACAGAAAUGGGACAAGGUCUGCACACUAAAAUGGUCCAGGUAGCAGCUCGUGCUCUGGAUAUUCCGAUCUCCAAGAUCCAUCUGAGUGAAACAAGUACAAAUACCGUCCCCAAUACCUCCCCCACUGCCGCUUCUGCUUCAUCAGACUUAAAUGGCAUGGCUGUCAAGAUCGCAUGUGAUCACAUUUUGGAAAGACUUGCGCCAAUAAAAAAGAAAAAUCCCAAAGGCACAUGGGAAGAAUGGAUUAAUACAGCCUACUUCAACCGUAUCAGUCUGUCUGCAACUGGCUUCUACCGGUAUCCCGGUAUAGGUUAUGAUCCGGAAACGAAUUCUGGUGCUCCAUUCAACUAUUUUUGUUAUGGCGCUGCAUGUUCCGAGGUCGAGAUCGAUUGUCUCACUGGAGAUCACCAGAACUUGCGCACAGACAUCGUGAUGGAUGUUGGAACCAGUCUAAACCCUGCCAUCGAUAUUGGUCAGAUUGAGGGAGGAUUUACUCAAGGCCUUGGUCUUUUUACAUUGGAAGAAGUACGUUUCUCUCAACAAGGUGCCUUAUGGACGACAGGGCCUGGAGCUUACAAGAUUCCUGGAUUUGCAGACAUCCCAGUCGAGUUCUCAGUUCAUCUCUUACGAAGCGCGCCAAAUGAGAAAGCUAUCUACUCUUCAAAGGCUGUGGGUGAACCUCCACUGUUUCUGGCCGCGUCAAUAUUCUAUGCUAUCAAGAACGCCAUAACAAGUGCCAGGCGUGAUGCGGGUAUCGAGGGUGUGUUUAGGUUGGACAGUCCAGCUACAUGUGAACGCAUAAGGAUGGCUUGCGUCGACAAAUUCACUAAACAGUUUCCAGUCAACACACACCCGUCAGUGGACUUCAACGUCAUACCCUAAAACCCUAUUUAUAGACUAUUAGUCGUAAACAAUGCUAAUUAAACAAUAGGAUUAGCAUAAUUUAGCAGUAUUUAGUGGUAUGUUACACACUUACAGUGUUUGUACUCUAAAGAGACCCCGAGCUUUGUUAGCAGUAAAACCGGGAUAUCUACUAAUGCUCCUUUACUAUGAGACAAUAAGCCUUUUCAUAGUUUAAGAAUCGAUUCCACUGCGCAUGCGAUUUUAUCCCGAAUUUCUCACCUUCUUUUAUUUAAUUAAGAACAAAAGAAGGUUUAGACAAAAGAAGGUAGAAAUUCGGGAUAAAAUCGCAUGCGCAGUGGAAUCGAUUCUUAAACUGUGAAAAGGCUUAUUAGCAAAAUACUGGAAUCUAGAGAAACUCACCUAGUAUGUUUUCUCCCUUCUUGUUAAUAACUUUAUGUCCAACUAUCUAUCUUAUGGUAGGGACUAAGAAUCAAUGAAUGAAUGAAUUAGUAAACGAAUGAAUGAGAAAAGGGAGGGAGGGGGGGAGGGG